UGACAGUGUUUGACAGAGACCAACUGAGUCUGCCUCUCGUCUCUAAAAAAUUUUCCACUAAUUUGACGAUUUAUUAAAAAAAUAAUAAUUGUUUUUAAUCUUCUAUAACGUUAAUAAUAAUAGUUAAACAUUUGUUACUUGUUAAAAGUGUGUUGAGUGUGUCUAAAAUAUACAACAAAAUGUUAAUAACAAUGAAAAAUACUUGCCGCCAUAUAUUUAGCUUCAAUAAAUGAUAAAAAACUUGAUGUAAAAAAAAAAAAAGGAAACGAAUACACAAAAAACAAAACGCCAGACGUGUUGGAUGUUACUAUUUAUGUAAUUUCGGUUGCACAAAAAAAAAAAACAGUAAGACACACACGUAGUUUUUUUUAAAAUACAUAUUUUUUUUAAAAAAAGACAUAGUUAUAAAUAUGGCGUAUCGUGGUAUAAAAUGUUCAGAUCCAUUUGUAUCAAAAACAUCAAGAAAUGAAAGAUUUGCACAAAUGUCAAAACAAGAACAAAUAAUACAACAAAAAAAAUUAGAAAUACAAGCUAAAAUGGAGGAAAUUAAAGCUAAACAAGCUGUUGAAAGUGUCAAAAAAACAAGUACCACAAGUAACACAACAACUGACACCACAAUGACAACAACAUCCACAACCAUUAUCAGUGAUACAUCAACUACCAGUAAAAUAAAUUCACCAUCAAAGAAAGAGGACGAGAAGCCAAAUUCAUCAGUGUCUACUGUAAAUUUAUUUGCCAAUGAUGGAAGUUUUUUGGAUCAAUUUAAAAAAAUAUCAAAUAAAACACCAAAUAAACAAGAUUCAUUAUUAAUACAAUCCAAUGAUGAUGAAAAAAAAGAUGAUAGUAAUAAAAAUGAUAAAAGUUAUGAUAAUUCAAGAGACAGACGUUGGAAUGGUAGUAAUGAAAAGUCUAGAGAUUGGGAAAAUAGAAGAGAUAGAAGACGUUCUGAAUCAAGAUGGAGUAGAAAUUCAGAAAGAUGUCGUAGUUCAUCAUCAAGUCCAUCACCACCACCACCUCCACCAUCACGUCAUAGAUCAUCAAUGAAUAAUGAAUCAAGAAGAAAUAAUAAUUAUCAUCAUUCAUCAAAUUCUCAUUCAAGAAAUCAAUACAAUAACACCACAUCAUGUCAAUCACAAAAUUCAAAUCAAACACCAUCAUCAUCUAUGAUGUCUCGAAUACCACCACCUCAACAAUCACCAAUAAUUCAUCAAUUAACAAGUGUUCCACCUCCAAAUAUGAGAAAUAUUUCUACAAAUAUUUCACCAAUACAAAAUCAUUUAUUACCACCAAGAGAUAAUGAUAAUAAUUACUCGGGUAUUGAUAAUCAUGGAGGUAAUACAAGAAUGUCAUUACCACCACCACCACUUCCAUUGAUGAUGGUUAGACCUCCACCGCCACCACCACUACCACCUUCAUCAAUAAGAGCAUUACCUCCAAAUACAAAUAUUCCACCACCUGGUUUAAAUAUAUCUGGACAACAACAACAACAUCAUCAACAACGUCCAACACCUGCACCUUGUAAUAUACAAUCAAUAAGUGGUAUUCAACCACCAAAUAUACCACCACCACCAACGACAACAACAACAAUACUACCUCCAAUGUCACAAAUGCCACCAAAUAUGUUGCCAAUAGUUAAUCCAAUGAUGAUGAAUGUACAAUCAUUAAAUGUACAUAAUGUAUCAUCAACAAUUAAUAAUGUACCACCACCAAAUUUAAAUAUACCACCACCAAGUACAAUUAUCAUGCAAACAGUACCACCACCAUCAGUGCCAACACAACAACCAGUUACAUCAGCACAUUUAUUACCUACAACAUAUCCAACAAUACCACAAAAUCAAUUACAAUUAUCAAAUACAACAUCAAAUAUUAUUCCAUCAAUUGUGAGAAUUAAUAGCAACAUAUCAUCUACACCAGAUCAUUCAGGUCAUAGUUGUCCAGUUGAAGCUGAACAGUUGGCAAGAAUUGUAGCUGACUGUGGUGAUGCAAUUGAGCAAGAAGUACGUGAAAAAAAUGCCCAUGAUCCAAAAUUAUGGUUUCUACAUCAAAAGCAAAGUGCAGCAUAUCAGCAGUACCGAGGAUUGGUUGGUAAAUUUCGUGAUGAAAAAAAUGAAUGUGAUAAUAUAAAAAAAGGAAGUGGAGCUGAAUUAUAUUGUCCAGAAGAUGCUCUAAGUGAUACUGAUGAUUAUGAUAAAUCUACAAAUAAUAAUUCAUCACAAAAUGAUAAUUCAAGAGAAGAAAGUAGAGAAGAACGUAAACGUAAAAGAAGAAGUCGUUGGAGUGAACCAGAUAAUAAAAUAUCAGUUAGUGAAAUAAUAAACAUACCAACAAAUAUUCCACCACCAGUUUUAUCACGACCUGUAAUACCAACUAGUCAAUGUCAUGGAAUUGUCAUGCCAAAAAUACAAAAUACCAAAGGUAAAAAUCCAAUGUUAACAAAAGUAUCAAGAGGUGAUCCAGCAUUACUCAACUAUGCCAGACAAACAUAUGGUACAUUGGAUUUAAGUGAUGAACAGUGGAAAAAAGCUGAAGAUCAUUACAAGAUAAAUCUUUUAUAUCAAAAUUUAUUAAAAAAACGUGAAGAAGUUAAAAGAUUAGAAGCUCAAGGUAAACAUAAAUAUGAGUAUGAUAGUGAUGAAGAAACUGAAGGUGGUACAUGGGAACAUAAAUUAAGAUCAGCUGAAAUGGAAGCAACACAAUUAUGGGCUGAUGAAUUGACAGUUCAAAGUGAAGGAAAACAUCAUAUUGGUGAUUUUUUACCACCUGAUGAAUUAAAAAAAUUUAUGGAACAAUAUUCAGCCUUGAAACAGGGAAAAGAGCCGGAUCUCAGUGAUUACAAAGAGUACAAACUCAAAGAAGAUAAUAUAGGUUUUCAAAUGUUACAAAAACUUGGAUGGAGUGAAGGUCAAGGAUUGGGCAGUGAAGGAAGUGGUCGUAUUGAGCCAAUAAAUAAAGCAACAAGCAGGCUUGACAGUGCUGGACUUGGCUCUGAACGACCAGAUGGUAUUUCACGUGAUGAUGAUGAAUUUGAUGCAUACAGAAAAAGAAUGAUGCUUGCUUAUAGAUUUAGACCAAAUCCAUUGAACAAUCCGAGAAGGCCUUACUACUAAUACAAAAUUAUUCUAUUUAUUUUAUUAUAAAUUAUUAUUAUUAUCAUUUUGGCCAUAAUAAAUGAAAACAUAAUCACUAUUUUGUAUGUAAAUACACGUAUGUAUAAUGAGAUUUUUUAGUAAGUAUUUUGUUUUAUUUAAAUACGUAUUUUAUAUGUUAUCGUUGAAGGUUGUUGAAAUAUAAAACGAUGACGACAAUUUUGUCCUCAAAUAAAAUUA